UGGGAAAAGUAAGUAUUGCCGUUGCGUUCGUUUCCUGCCUCCCGUGGAUCUUCAAUUCUCAAGAGUGAGUUCGGCGCGAGGGCACCGACGACGACCAGAGAGGCCUACCCAAGAAAACAAGAGCUGGUGGUGCAUCCUCGUCCUUAGCGCGCAAGCGAACGCGACGCGAGAGAGAGGAGGGAUCGAUGGAUCGACCCCAGGUGGUUACUGAGAACUAUGCCAACCCUGUGACAUGCCUCUUCCAUGUGCUCUUCAAGGCGGGGGCGCUGGCGUUCUACAUCUUGUUUUCGCUCUUCGUGAAGAGCUUUGUCAUCAUAUUUGUUAUCACCGUGUUCCUCGCGGCGCUUGACUUCUGGGUGGUGAAGAACGUGAGCGGCAGGAUAUUGGUCGGGAUGCGGUGGUGGAAUGAGAUUGAUGAUGAUGGCAACAGCGUGUGGAAGUUUGAGUGUCUUGAUGGCGAGGCUCUUGCUCGGAUGAACAAAAAGGACUCAUGGCUGUUCUGGUGGACUCUUUACUUGACUGCUGCUGCAUGGCUUAUUCUUGGGAUAUUUUCACUCAUCAGACUUGAAGCUGAUUACCUUCUUGUUGUUGGAGUUUGCUUGACUCUAAGCAUUGCAAACAUUGUUGGCUUCACCAGAUGCAACAAAGAUGCCAAGAAGAAUAUCCGGGGUUAUUUUGAAGGCCAUGCCCAAAAUGCAAUCACAUCCCGCAUCACAUCCACCCUGCAAUCAGCAUUUGGGGUUAUCUAAAGCCCAAACCACCGAACUGCAAAGAGGCCCUUCUUGAAUACAACAAUGUAAAAUCUGUCAAAAAGGAUUAGCAUGCAUUAUCCCAUUUCCCAUACAUUUUUGUUGACCCAAUACACCAAGUAGGUUGAUUUUGAUUGGAAUGACAGAAAACAACUUGUUAGUACUGCCUUUCGAAGGAAAAAAAAAGCGUUUUUAGAGUGUAUCAUUUGGGUUUUGACCCUGGAACCUGUCUUCUAGUGCAGCGUCUUGUUGAUUCCAUGUUAUUAUAGUUUCUUGUGCAUCUGAAUUAGCGACUAUAUUUUCUGAAAUUUUAUGCAACAAGGCCAGUUGAGAGC